AACUAGAUUCCCGCUCCCGGAGGCCUUCGCGCGUGACGAGGCCUACACUUCCCAGCGGUCUCUGCGGCGCCGCGAAGGAAACUGCGAACGAUUCUGGUGUCCUUGCGCGCGGAUCCACGAUCGGCCAUGGUGACUCGAGCGUGGCCGCUGAUGAGGUUCCUCAUCAAAGGCAGCGUGGCCGGCGGCGCCGUCUACCUGGUCUAUGACCAGGAACUGCUGGGGCCUAGCGACAAGAGCGAGGCGGCCCUGCGCAAGGCUGAGGAGAUUGUGCCCCCGGCCAUGUACCAGUUCGGUCAGUAUGUGUGCCAACAGACGGGGCUGCAGAUGCCGCAGCUCCCAGAACCUCCAAAGUUGAACUUCCCUGUCCGUGAGUUCUGGAACUCAGGCAUCAUCACUGUGAUGUCGGCCUUGUCCAUGGCCCCCACCAAGGCCUGUGAGUAUUCCAAGGAAGGCUGGGAGUACUUGAAGGAGCAUGCCAAGUAGGGAGGAAGAGCACAGGGGCUGGUGAACAGAGACAGGUCGGCAGAGAACGAGGAAUGGGACUCCACUCUGAGGGCAGCUCUGGCCUCGCUGGCCCAAUAAAGAACUUGGAAGCGUC